ACCGGGAAAAGCGGUGCAAACUGGCCGCGGUGUUCGUUCAAAAUUUGCUAUCAGUGUUCACUGAAGUCGAGUAUAGUUUUGUUCGUGAAUUUCUUCAGUUUAUAUCCAGAAUAUAUUUAUUUUUUCGCGAUCUGUGUAUUUUCUUCAAUGCCUACGGCAAUGGCAACCAUAGAGCACGCCACGCAGCUGCUGGACUUCUCGCAAAAACUCGAUAUAACUUUACUAGACUCCGUAGUGUCAUGUUUUUACAUGGCCCAUGGACCUCAGGUUGACAAAUUCUUUCGAUUGUUUUUAUAGUUAUUGAAACUACAGGUUUAUUUUCGAGACCGUUCUUACCUGAGAAUGGUUCUUUUCCUCUUCAGCAACGAAUGGCAGACCAGAUCUUGACUCAACUGAAGCAGCACCCGGACGCCUGGACUCGAGUAGAUACUAUUCUCGAAUACUCAAACAAUCAACAGACCAAGGUACUCUGAACUGGGAAUUUGUGGUUGUUUUUUUUUAAGAUUUUUUAACUAUAUGUAUGUGCGUGUGUUUUUUUUUUAUUAUAGUACUUUGCGUUACAAAUACUUGAAGCAGUCAUCAAGACGCGAUGGAAAAUUCUCCCAGCAGAGCAGUGCGAAGGUCAGAAACUUGCUCAUACUACUGCACGAGCUAGCAUUAAUUUGCUAUUUCUAGUCAUAUCUUGGAAAAGUGGCCGAUUUCAAAUGUCCGCAUUAUUUCUCCUCAGGAAUAAAAAAGUACAUUGUUGGUUUGAUAAUAAAAAUUUCUUCUGAAGCUGAUAUGUUAGAGGUGAAUGCUUUGUUUGUAAUUUCUGCAUGGAAAUUAAUGUUUGAUUGUUUCUUGUGCUUAUUAACCAUUGUCUGAUCGAACGUCUUUUAGACAAUUUUGAGGUUUUAGUGAAUUAAAGUUGCCUUUAUUUUAUUUCCUGAACAGAAAGAGAAGACGUACAUUGGCAAGUUGAACAUGAUUUUAGUGGAGGUAUGGUUUUGAUGUCAGUUUCGAUUUGAAAGGGAGAUUCCCGCCAAAAUAGUUCUGUUUGGAAUGCGAGGUGCUUUCGGAAGCAUUUAGAAAAAAUCGUGUUAGAAAGGUCCCUGUGUAUGUUAUUCGGCAUAAAUUGUGUGGUAUUUUUGCCUGAAAGUCAAUUUUGUGUAAAUCCUAGGUAUUAGUUGUUUAGUUGGCUAAGUACAUCGAGUGGGAGUUGCCGCAGGUGUAUCGGAUUGUUUACAACGUCGUCUAAUUUUAGAACUGGCUCUCAGCUAUGGGUGCUCAUUUUUUACUUGAUUUUUUUUUUUGAAAUUAUGCAAAUUGCUCGGUUGAAUCGUGUCGAACGUUUUCGGAGAUGAAACUUGUUUGGUAAAUUAAAAUCUCGUACACAACAUCUACGUUCAAGCUUUGUUAUUGUGCCAACUGGGUCAGGGGAGGUGUAGGUUGGCUCCGUAAUUCUGGCGUAUGAUUUGGCAAGUGUCCAUAUAUUCCAACAUAAUUUUAAGUAUUAAUGUUCUUUUGUUUGUUAACAGUCUUGUGCGAGAAGCUUAUCUGUUUUGAGUUAAUGCACUGCAAUAAUCAGCAUCAUUUUGUUUGUCCAUUCUAUGUAUAUAUAGGCUUGCAUUAACGUCAUAUGUCACACUCAGAUUGAUUUAAUUAAGUUAAGCUUCAUCUGCAUUUGUAUGUUGUGGUGCAUUAUUUAAUCCUUCAUUUAAGUUUAAUUUCCUUUGUUUCAAACUCAUUAUUAUACAUUGCAAUACCUAAAGAGUAAGGAAAAUAAAAUUUUAACCAAGAAUAAAAUUGGAACCACAGCUUUUUUUUUUUUUUUUUCAAACAUAAAUUAAGUCAGUAAACUGUAUAAGGUAAACUAGGCAGUGGAUUUAACUGUUUCACGACCAAGUGCAUCUUAACUCAGUUUUAACUGCUAAGAUUUACUUUAUUGUAUAAAUAAUAAACUCUGAAACUAUUUAAAAGUUCAUUUUAAAAAAAAUCGUUUUGGAAAUACAGUUUGAAACAAAAAUAACAAUUACUGUUGUUUCAAAAUGUAUUUCCAAAAGAAAUAACUUGAAGUUUUUUUUUUGCUUCAUGUCAUCAUUCUCAAAAGCUAAGAAACGAACAUGAUUUAUCCACAAAUAAUGUUAAUUUCUUAGCUUUUGAUAAUAUGACAUGUAGCCAUCGAAACGUUACGUUUCUUUUAUACGGUAGAUAUUUGCAUAUGUCUAAUUUUGUUGACCUUCAUCUUGUAGCAUUUCAAUACAUGUAUAUGUUGUGGUUGAUUUUUUAUCUCAGGUAAUUUUUAUUUUCCUUUGUUUCAACUUCAUUAGUAUACAUUAUGAUACCCAAAAACAAAAGAAAAAUCUAAAUUACCUGAGAUAAAAAAUUGAACUACAACAUUUAUCUUUGCCAAUGUCAGGCAAUAAGAGCAUCAUACAUCUUUUUCUAGAUUUUGAAGCAUGAGUGGCCAAAGAAGUGGCCAACGUUUGUUGGUGACAUAGUGGGUGCAAGUAAAGCAAAUGAGUCUCUGUGCCAAAACAACAUGGUGAUUCUAAAGCUACUCAGGUAACUGUCGUGAUAAAGCUGUGGCUCAGAUAUUAAAAUUUACAAGAACUUGUGUUGUGUUGUUUGUUCCGAAUCGAAAUUGUCUUCAUCAUUUAUGAUCCUUGUCAGGCAUACAUCCGAAAUUUUAAUCCACCCCUCCCUCCCCUCAUUUUUUACAUCAAGGGUGUAAAGUGAUCUUCAUUUUUUUUCCCCAGUGAAGAGGUUUUUGAUUUCUCCAGUGGCCAGAUGACUCAAACAAAAGCAAAACACUUGAAAGACAGGUUGGAAUGCUUAGACAUAUCACAAUAGUUUGCUUUGAAUUGCCUUUUUAUAUGUUGCAGUUAAUUUUUUUUUGUUUUUCCUUUGUUUUAAAUUCAUUAGCAUACAUUACCAUACCCAAAAACAAUGGAAAAAUAAAAAAAACUGAAAUAAAAAAUUAACUACAACAUAUAUAUAAUUGUCAGGACUUGAACAACAUUGAUUUUUGCUCUAUCUAUGCUGUCAGCAAUGAACAGAUUGCCUUUUCAGUGUUUAAGUUGUCAUUGUUUCAAAUCUUGUCGGGAAAUUGGGCACUUUUUUGCCAUACCAUGUUCUUUUUGUGAUGGUUGUUACAAUUUUCCCUUUUAGUACCAGUCUUAACACAAUUGUUUAUUUAUUAAUUUUAUUUAUCACUUUAGUCUCUUAUUGUUGAUUUAUCGCCAUAUUUUUUUGCAGCUUAACUGAAAUGUUCCAUCAUUUUCGUGGGCUUUUUUUUAUUAAAAAAAGAGCCAUUUAUCUAGCUCUGUUAUAAAAAUAUCUUAAUAUAGUGGCAUUCUUUUUAUUGAAUGAUUUUUUUUAUGCACUAAUUAUUGCAUACUGUAAUAAUUAGUAGAACAAGUUGUAAUAACUGUAACAAUUUAUCAUUUUUCAGUAUGUGCAGUGAGUUUUCACAGAUAUUUACUCUGUGCCAGUUUGUUAUGGUGAGUUAAGUCAACAGGCAAAAUUUGGCAGCAGUCUGUGGUUUAAUUGUGUAAAUUUUCAUUUAUUUGUUAGAGGGGGAGUCUUGAUUUUAUUUUGUGGCUGCAUGUGUGACUAAUACUUGUAAAUCUUCUCAUUUAAUAUUGCUGUAUUUGUCCACUUUUUUUAGGAGAACUCUUCAAAUGUUACUCUCAUAGGUGCAACUUUGGAGGUAGGUAGUCGUUUGUUUAAAGAACGAAUUAGUUAAAUUGACUGCAAUUAAUUUUCUUGUUCCUGUAGAGUGGCAUUGCACUUAAAACACUGAAAAAUAAGCCACUCAGUAAAACAUGCUGAGUUUGAAAGUGUUUGGAAUUGAUGCUGAUUUAGCAUUUUUUAAUUCAUGAGUGGUCAAAAUAUUUCCAAUUUUUUUCAAGGACUGUGGAGAGUGUUAUAUAUCUCCUUGAUUCCUUAUGUAUUUUAUUUACUUAUUUUGCAGACACUUCUGCGUUUUCUCAACUGGAUUCCUCUUGGUUACAUAUUUGAGACCCAGCUUAUAAGCACACUUGUUUACAAGGUAACAGAAUCAUUAACAUUUAAGUUUAUUUUUGCCGAUUUUAAAAUCGUGUGAUUUAUUUCAAUGAAUUUAAACUAAACAAAAUUCUUUCCUCUUCAGUUCCUUAAUGUACCUAUGUUCAGGAAUGUGACCUUAAAAUGUCUCACCGAAAUUGGUAAGUCACCCAGAGUUUAAGGAUAAAAAGCAACUCUAAUAAAACAUGAUGUUUUGGCGAUGAUAUAUCACCAUUAUCAAAUGCAAAUGAAAGGGACUAUGAAACAACAUUUAGGGGAAACGAAGAUGUGAAACACAUCAUUAAAUUAAAGAGCAAAAGAUUGAAAUAAUUAUGAGAGUUGCUUUACAUGUAAUUUUAGUUAGAUUUGCCCUAAAUUGGACUUGCAUUUUCAAAACACAGCUGGCAUUGGUGCUAACCAGUAUGAUGAGCAGUUUGUGGUGCUGUUUACACUUACAAUGGCCCAGUUAAAACAGGUUAGUUUGACUUAUCUUAUCAUCUGAUAAAUUAUUUUAAUGACUGUGAAAUGUCCUCUCUGGGAAUUGGAGAGGUUUCUAAUACAGGUCACACUCCACAGAUCACCAUUGCAGGUCAACAACAACAUGUUUAUUUCUCCUGUAAACAGACAACUGAAAGAAUUUACAAGAAAUAUAAUAAUUGGGUUGUAUAGUAAUCAAAGGUACAUCUUCAGAGCACUUUUUCAUGUGACAAUUAAACACAAAUGCUUUUUGUCUAUAUUAUCCUUUACUUUAGAUGCUUCCCUUGACUAUUAACAUCAAAGAUGCUUAUGCAAAUGGCAAGGAUGAUGAACAGAAAUUUAUUCAGAACCUGAGUCUGUUUCUCUGUACAUUCCUAAAGGAGCAUGGUCAGUUGGUGGAAAAGAAGGUAUUAACCUUUUAAAUAGACACUGAUUCUCCACACUGUUCUUUGUAGUAUAUUUCCUUUGGCACUGAUGAGGAGAAUUGUGAAACAAAAUAACUCCUUUUAGCCUGUGGAUACCCAGUGGGUAUCCCAAGGGUUUUUUGAUGGGUUUCGAUAUGCAAAUGCAGGGCUGUUAUUGAGAGGCGGGGCCCGGGGAUUUCCCCCGGCUACUAUGAACACAGCCCCCAGCUACUUUUAAAGGAAAAUAAAAGAAAAAUAGAACCAAAAGAAACUCCUACCUGUUUAAUUCCCCGCUUACUUGUUGUAUUUACCCUGCAACUUGAAAUCUUAGUGACAACCCUGGAAAUGUGUCACUCACUCACUUUGCGUCAACGGAGAUCAGUUCUUCAGCUCCGACCUGAACUCACUGCUCGAUAUGAAAACAACAUAGUUCAUUGUUGCCGAAGGGCGUCUGAGUUGUGCAUUCGCUUAUGCAUUCUCGUAAGAGAACCCUGGAAAUUUAUUAUUAUUAUUAUUAUUAUUGUUACUAUUAUUAUCAUUUUCAUUGAAAAAAAUAAGGGAUUCAAUGGGAUUUAAACCCAUCACUAGCCACUGCAUUAGCACAGCAGUGCUCGACCAAUGGAACUAUGAACACCCUCACAUUAAGAGCAGGAUGAUUUGUUGAGUUCAUUUUAACUUGUUCAUCAAUUAAAAUUUGUACAUUAUUUUUAUCUCUUUUUUGUUGUUUAUUCAUGUAGGAGGAACUUCAUACUACAUUGUUGGAGGUAGGUAUAAAGCUUAAACAUUAAGGUAUCAUUUGGUAAUUGAGGCAUGAAACAGAAAAUGGUUUUGUUAUUGGAUUGGAAUGAUAAUCUUGUAAGUGAGGUAGUUUUAUUCCCUUCUUGACAAGAGAGAAAAAGAACAUUCCAAUUUACUAGUCAAGGAUUGUUAACCAAUUUUAAGUUUCUUUUUGUAGGCUCUUCAUUAUCUUGUCCUCAUCUCUGAAGUUGAAGAAACAGAAAUCUUUAAGAUUUGUUUAGAGUACUGGAAUGCUCUUGCAUCUGAUCUGUAUCGUGAGAACCCAUUCCCUUCAAGCACUCCUCUUUUGAUUGGCACUUCUCAAUCACAGUCGGUCCCACCUAGGAGACAAAUGUAUCUAUCCGUGCUAUCUAAAGUAAGUUUGUUAAAAAUGGUUGUCACUUUCAUCACCAGAAACUUGGGCACCUUUAAAGUGAUUUCUUUUUUGGACAAAUGCAAAGUAAUGGAUUGAUUUUUGACACAGCUAGAACAAGUACUUAAUAUGAGCUGACUGUUCUUUCUACUGUGUUAUAUUUGCUGGUGUGUUUGUCUUGAUGAAGUGUAGUAUCACAAUAUUUAAGUUUUUUAUACUAUUGAGUUACAGCACCUGUUAGUAGCAUCAAGUAAAACUGAAAUGUCUUCCAAUCACACUCUUAACCUUGAUUUUUUGAAAAGGUGUUUGAAAGGGGAAAAUGUUGUCCUAAAAUUUGAUGGAGUUACAUCUUUUUGUGUUAAACUUAAAGCAAGGGAACUUAUCAUUGGAAAGAUGGAUAAAUGAAUAGUAUUUGGUUAUACAUGCCUCAAAAAUUAAUUUGUGUUUGUAUUUUUUUUUGUUAAGGUACGCCUAACAAUGAUCUCAAGAAUGGCAAAGCCAGAGGAGGUAGGGAUGGAAUCUUAAGUACAGUGGAAUUUGCACUUGAUAAUAUAAUGCUCAACUUCUGUAAGUUCUAUAAGACCCUGCAUUUUAAUGCAUAACCUACAAAAUAGUUCACACUGACCAAGUUCAACUGGAUUUGAAUUUGAUUCAUCUUUGACUUUGUAGGUGUUGGUGGUUGAAAAUGACCAAGGUGAAGUUGUGAGAGAGUUUAUGAAGGACACAGAUGCUAUCAACUUGUACAAGAACAUGAGAGAAACUUUGGGUAAGUGUUAUCAUUGGAAUGGCUAAAUCUGUAAACCUCAUUAAGAAUUCCUUGACUGGAGGCUUUGUAGAAUGCAUAAUGCAUGUUUUUCUUGAUAAUUUUGUUUUGCCUUUUGCUGUAGUGUACUUGACACAUUUGGAUUACCAGGAUACCGAGAGAAUCAUGACAGAGAAGCUUCAGAAUCAAGUCAAUGGAACUGAAUGGUCCUGGAAGAAUCUUAACACGGUAUGUUUGUGAUGAAAAUGUUGCUGCUGUUUGAGAUUUCUUCUUUUCAUUGAUUAUGGCACCAUUUGCCAUCUAUUUACCAGCUAUAAAUAUACUAUUAAUUUUACUGAUAAAUUUCUAAGAAAUAGUUCAAAAAUCCACAGAAAAAAGGGGGACCAAGGCACACGACCCAACUCUUCUGCGGCAGUUGAGAUACUUUUCAUUAAUGACAUUCCAUUUUUAGACAUAUUUAUUUCUAAUCAGUCAUUUGCUUGGCCCUGAUAGUAAUACUACUGACAGAAAAUAUACUAAUUUUAUUUUACUUUUUUCUAAUAUUAACUGAAUGAUUGUGUUGUAUUUUAAGUUGUGCUGGGCAGUUGGAUCAAUCAGUGGAGCUAUGCACGAAGAGGAUGAAAAGAGAUUCCUGGUGACUGUUAUCAAGGUACAUACUGAAUCUUAAACUUGACUUUGCACUUUUGCCUCAUAAUUUGUUUCUUCACUUUGUUUAUUACUGAUUAUCAUUUGUAUUCAGUAGCCACUAAUUGAUUAAUUCUGUUCCUCAGGAUCUUCUUGGUCUGUGUGAAAUUAAACGUGGCAAGGACAACAAAGCAAUAAUUGCAUCAAACAUAAUGUAUAUAGUGGGGCAAUAUCCCAGAUUUUUAAGGUAAAAUAGUAAUAAUCAUUUUCUUUUUUCUCUUUUUCUGAUAAAUCGUAGUUUGGUUUGUAUCAUGAGGGUUUACUUACUAAUUUCUUGUACCAUAUACCAAUACUUACAUUUCAACAAGAUAUGUAUUUUAACAGCUGUAAUGAACUGUAUGUUUCAAUUUUCAUUUAUGUUUGAAAUCAUGAUACAAAAUAUCAGAUGUUUCUUCCUCCCCAUUUAUGCUUCAGUCUGAAGUAGUUUGAGUCUUCAGAGUGAGUACAUGAAGAAAUGUUAGUGACGUUGGUUGUAAUUUUGUAGGGCGCACUGGAAGUUUUUGAAGACUGUAGUGAACAAGCUGUUCGAGUUUAUGCAUGGUAUGUUUACUUAUUCUUUUGUACAAUUAAAACUGUGCCUUGAUGCUGUGGCAAGUAGAUGAGGAGAACGUUUUAUUUUUCUUCAAGAAUUAAGUUCUCCGUGGAGAAUCUCUUUCUGUCAAAUAUAUAUCUCCUUUUCAGUAUAUAACGGUAUAUGUACCUUUUCAGUAAAUCUUUCUAAAUACACAGCAGGCCUAUUUGUUAGCAACCUUAGAAUAUAGUUAUUGACUUUGAGAUCAAAUCAAAAUGUGAGGUUAAUGUAUUAUAAUUUUUUCUUUAUUUUAUUAGAAACACAUGAUGGUGUUCAAGACAUGGCUUGUGAUACAUUCAUCAAAAUUGCUCAGAAAUGCAGAAGACAUUUUGUACAGGUAAACAAGUAGAACUUAAAAACAUUAUUAGAUUAUAAUAACUGGGUCCUGCCAAGCUGUGUAUCUUAAUAAUUAUUAGUUAACUUUUUAUAUGAAUUUCUGUAACAGCAAUAGUACUGUAGUAGUAGUAGUAGUAGUAGUAGUAGUAGUAGCAGUACCAGUACCAGUACCAGUACCAGUACCAGUACCAGUACCAGUACCAGUACCAGUACCAGUACCAGUACCAGUACCAGUACCAGUACCAGUAGUAGUAGUAGUAGUAAUUUAAUACACGGUUUUUGUAUGUGUCAACACGCCCCCUGUGGAAAAUGGGGCUUGUAAUUUGAAUUUUUAAAUAAAGUAUCACCUACCUACCUACCUAGACAUUGCAUGGUCAUGAAAAGUAAAAACCCUCACCCGGUUGUUGAGCAUCAGUCUCCCAAGCAUGAGGUCACAGGUUCAAACCCCAGCUGAAUAAACAACCGGGGUCAUGAAAAUUCUGGUAAGGUGGCACCAGCUGUGAUAAGAUCUGUCUCAGUUCUGAUGAUUGAGUCUAUGGGCAUUGAUGUCAAGCCACUGGAACCCACACUGCUGUUUGCGAAGAGUGUGGAUGUAGACUCUGUUGCUGUGGUCUGUUGGUCUCUUGUAAGGGGAGGGGACUGUCACUGGACCUUGGUGGCUUCACAAUGUUACAAUGACCCUGCUAAGAAUUGGCAAAUCCAAAUAAAACCAGAAACUCAUAAGGGGUUGAUUCAACCCCUUAUGAGUUUCUGAUAAAACUUAAUAAAUACAUAAUAAAAAAUAUUGUUAUUUGACUAGUUAAUCUGAGUUGAAUUUUAUUUCCCAGGUUCAAGUAGGAGAAGUUAUGCCGUUCAUAGAGGAGAUAUUAAAUAAUACACAGUCUAUCAUCUGUGAUCUUCAACCCCAGCAGGUAACAUUAUUUUUUCGCCAAGUGCUGGCAAAGUAAUUAAAUCCUUUUCAAUAUGCUUCUCUGAAUUCAUCGUUGAAGAUCUUAAGUACCACAAAUAAGCUCAUAGUAACUGUAAAAUCAUACCAAAUAAUUUUGUUUUGUAACUUUUGUGUAUAUGGAAACUUUGAUCCCUCAUGUGCUGUUCUAAUCAUCAGGCUUAGUACGUCAGGUAGAGUCAAAACACUGUUAUACCAGUGGCAGCUGUGUGAUUGAAGGUCAAAGCACAAUAACUAUUUAUCCACAAACCAAUCUUUUUACUCAUCAGUUUUUUUUUUAUUUGUUAGGUCCAUACUUUUUAUGAGGCUGUUGGCUACAUGAUCAGUGCACAAACAGUAAGUUCUUUCUUCAUGAUUCAUCUACAUGUAUAGCAAUCAUUGUAAUGUUGCUGGUACUCUGCCAGUAGUGGUUUUUCCAGGCCGGACACUAAGCUACAAAGCGUACAUCCCUACAUAGCGUAGUGUCUGGCCUGGAGAGACCACUGCUCGCAGGGUAUGUUGCUGGGAGCCUGUGAUUUUGAUUUAUUUACUGACAGGAAGUAUAGGACAUGACAUUUGUUUCCAUUUUUUAAAAUUCAGGAUUCAGUUGUCAUGGAGAGAUUGAUUGAGAAGUACAUGUCACUUCCAAACCAAGCUUGGGACAAUAUUGUGAAAGAAGCAACAAGGGUAAGCAAUUUUCAAUGUGUUAAGAAAAUCUAGUAACCUUUCAAAGCCAAAAACUGUGCGUGAAAAGUUACACUCACCCAGACUUGCUUCUUCCCAUUUGCCACUUAAAAAAAGAGGGAACCUGGGGCAAGUUGACUUUUGCAAAGACUUGUGGGAUCAUUCCUGAGAAUACUUUGGUCAGUUAUUGUCCAAUUUUUUUUCACUGUCCCCAUUAACAGCCACAGAAGUCUGAGAAAAUUAGCUCGGUCCAUUUUCCGUCUCAUUUAUGAAGUGGCAAAUAGCUCUUACUUUUUUGAAAUGAUUCAGUGCGUUUAAAAAUGCACUUCCAAAAUACAUUUCUUUAACAUGUGUGUGAGUAAGUUUUAUUGAGUCACUCUGCUUUUAUUUUUUUUCUACAGAAUAUUGACCACCUAAGAGAAAUUGAAGUUGUUAAACAGUUAGGAAACAUUCUGAAAACAAAUGUUAGAGGAUGCAAGUCUGUGGGUCAUCCUUUUGUUACCCAGCUGGGCAGAAUAUACUUGGACAUGCUCAAUGUAUACCGCUGUCUCAGUGAAAACAUUUCUGUUGCGAUAGCCGAGAAUGGUGAGAUAGUUACAAAACAGCCUCUUAUCAGAGCUAUGAGAACUGUAAAAACAGAAACAUUAAGACUCAUAUCCACAUGGGUAAGCAAGUCAAAUGAUGCUAAGCUUGUGUGUGACAACUUCAUUCCUCCUUUAUUGGAUGCUGUGCUGGGAGAUUAUCAAAGAAAUGUGCCAAAUGCCAGAGAACCUGAAGUCCUAAACACUAUGGCAACAUUUGUCAACAAGCUUGAGGUUUGUAUUGAUCUGUUCCUUUUUCUGUGUUUUUUUAACCUGCGCGUAGGGUUGCUGUGCUCAAUGCUCAACAGACAUUUGGCUUAAAGAGAAGUUUUGGUGUCAGUCUCUUACCUCCUCUGCACAGGCCCCUGUCAUCCAACAGAAAAUAAUAAUUAAGGGCUGUCACUAAGAUUUCAAGUUGCUGUGUAAAUACAACAAGUAGGCCUUGAAUCAAACUUUUAACAGCUAGGGAUUUCUUUUAGUUCUAUAUUUCUUCUGUUUUUUUGUGAAAUAGCCGGGGAUCAUGUUCAUAAUAGCCAGGGGAAAUCCUUGGCCCCCAGCUCUUAAUGACAACCCUGGUGCCCUGGGUUAUGGGAAGAGGGAAAAGCCAUUAUCUCUUGUGUGCUUUCAUCAUUCCUUCUCCCCAGCUUCCCUGCUGAGGCCUCUGCGGAAGCCCCAAGGACAAUAAUUUAUUUUAAUAGAGGCCUUUAGAUUUAAGGACGAGUGCUAGUACGAGAUUUAACUUAAAGUUUUUGCAUGUGUUCUCAACAAGAAGGCACCCCCCAAAAAGUAAAUUUUUUACUUUUUUUCGCCAAAAAUGUAGCACAGUUAUUCAUACUAAAGGAGGUAAAACUUGACAACUUCUUCCACCGCUACAACGUUCUCGCUAAAUCCUGUAGUAGAAUGAUGACAGCUACCAUGUUUUCCUGCCAAAAUGACACUGGCUCACGCACGCAAGUGUUGAGAAAAUCUCAAUCUCGUAGCCAUCCUUGUCUUCAAAUCUUAAGCUCUCUAAUGUUAGCAGCUCUGAACCAUGAGGGCCACUACUAAGCUUAAAAAAUUAAUGCUCCAUGUUCUUAGCACUCUGUGCCCAUUCACUAAGGAGAGUCAUAAAUUCGUGAUGUGUGCAUGCAUUUUUUUCCUUGACCAUGUAGAACUAACACAAUGCAAAAACUGUUCUUGUCUUUUUCUACUUGUUUUUCAAGCUGAGAUUCACAGUUUAACCUUGUCCUUGUCUAUGGUUAUGGCUUUUUUUGGAAAAGACAAAAUAUUAGGAUAAAACAGUUUUAGUAUUUUUCUCAAGUCCAUAACACAUACUGAAAAUGUUUUAUAAUAGAGUUCUUUCCAAUUUUCAGAGGAAUGUAACAGAACAUGUUCCAAAAAUAUUUGAUGCAGUGUUCGAGUGCACACUAGAAAUGAUCAACAAGGUCAGUAUGCAAAUUUACUUUACUUCUACCAGGUACAGUGAGUGUUUCACUGCCUUGUGGUACAUUCAUAUUGUGUUCUGUUCAAUUUGAAUAUAACAGUGCAAGGUUUCUCUUUUUUUAGAACUUUGAAGAAUUUCCUGAACACAGAACGAACUUUUUCCUUCUUCUUCAAGCUGUUGUGCAGCACUGUUUCCAGGGUAAGUUAUGCAAUAAUAUAUUAUUAUUCCACAGUAUAUGACUGUACUACUUUUGCACCGCAUGCUCAGUACUUUAAAAUUUGUAAUGCAUAAGACAAAAUCUUAUUGUGUUGUCAACAAUUUCGUCUGGGAAAUGUGAUUAGACCCGGUGAAAUGCUGACCAGUUUGGUGAAGGAAUAACUUUGCAAAAAAAAGGUUGUUUCUGGCAGGCAACAGUAGAGGGAUAUUCAAUAGUGAGAAAAAACCUACAAUUUGGCAUUCGCUCCUUUGUUCACAGAAACAAAGAAUUUUCAAUGGUGCAUUUUGUUUCUGUCAUGAUGCAAAAGGUGGUGACUUGACUCUCUGAUGUUUUGUCUUGAAAAGAAGUGAAAAACAAACAAAUGUGGGUUAAUGUUCUGUGAAUAUACUUGAAAGGCCAUGUGCAAAUAUUUAGGCCGUUUUGAGCAAAAAAGUCUAAAUUUGACCAAAGAUGGUUUCAAUUGCAUCUUGCACUGCUUGUGUUAUUGCUCCUGAUCUGUGACAGCAUUUUUUAACUCUCUCUAUAACUUUACCAAAAAAAACAAUUUUCUCUUUCUGUUUAUUCCUUCCCUCCUCCAACCCUGGCCCCUUACAGUUUACAUAGCUCAAAAGUGUUUAUUUAUUUAUCAUAUUUCCACAGCACUGUUAUCUAUUCCUGCCCAGCAGUUCAAGCUGGUUCUGGAUUCUAUAGUCUGGGCAUUCAAGCACACCAUGAGAAAUGUUGCUGAUAUUGGUAUGAAGGAGUUCUAUGCAUCAACCCUCCAAGUUAAAGUUUUUGCUUGGUCGCCAUUUGGCCAUUAACUCUUUUGGUUUACGGAGACUUUUUUUACAAAUCAAGUCACCAGCUCCAAAAUUUUAGGCGCCAUGGCGACCAAAAUGGUCACAACUUGGAGGGUUGUGCAUACAUGCAUAUUGCUCUUAGAUUAAGUAAUCAUCAAAUUAUUGGUUUUUAACAUGUUGACUCUUUGUAGGCCUCCAUAUUCUUUACUCCUUGUUGAAGAGUCUAGAACAAGAAACAGCAGUACAGAGCUUCUAUCAGACGUACUACAUGAUGAUUGUACAACAUGUUUUGUCAGUAGUCACAGAUACAUCACAUACAGCUGGUUAGUAUGAGAAAAAUGAUUAUUUUUUAUAAUCAAUGACACAGAUGGCUCAGAAGAAAAAAUUUGAGUACUCCAAAUAUGCAGGGUUUGUACAAGUCUUGAAAUUGCCCAACAAUUUUCCAGUCCUGGAAAAAUUCCGGAAAAUAGAGAUAAAGGUUUUUUGAAAGUUACAAUAAGUGCUUUACAAGUGAAUUUUUUUUUGUACCGGCCAAAUCUUAUUUAAUCUCGCCUGUAUGUUUGCAGUGUGCAUCAUGGAAAAAGUUUUUUGUUCCUUCAUUUUUUUAAGGUCUCUAUUGAUCACCUUUUUGAUAACCUUGAGUCUGGAUCUAAAAAUCUGUAUGAACCCUGAAUAGGUGUAUGACCUCCUAUGACCUUCUGGUUACUAGCCCAGAUGCUCUACCACUAAGCUACAGGAGACUUGUGGGAGCUUUUAAGGCCACUAAAAUACCAAUUUGUGCUUAUGCAUUACGAUAAAGAUGUGAUAGUGACUUUGAAGCCUUUGCUGCUAAUAGUCAAGUGCCUUUUGGUGCAAGAUGCUUAUUACUUUUGUUCAGAUUUAGCUAAAAUUUUCACAGUUAAAAAGACCACUAAAAGACGUGCUUUCUAAGAGCAUAAAAAUUUGCCCUCCUCUUACAAAUAUACGAGUAAGGCUCCGAAAUUACUGGCCCUACUCAACCAACUUUAUUUGUUUAUUGUACUUUUAUAAAAAUCCUGGGCAUUUACAGUUGAGUAGGAGGGUUUUAAAGAAGUCUUUAAUUCUUUUGGGAAUUUGCUUAACCAAACCUCAGUCAUAAUAAAAAACAACUCUGUUUUCCUUUCUGUAGGUCUAACAAUGCAUGCCACCAUCUUGGCCCACAUGUUCAGUCUAGUUGAGACAAACAAAGUGUCAGAGCCUCUUUUUCCUGCAGGAAGUGUGCAGUACCCCUCUAAUCAGGUAUUUGACAUCAUAAUACUUCACUGUCCAAUAACCACCUUAUAUCUAGUAACAAUGAACAGAGCUAAGCUUUCCACAUUUUUUUACAUACAGUCAACUCUCUUUAAAACAGACACCGUUGUGACAGGCACUAAGUAGCCAUCUUAGCUAGAUGUUCAUCUUGUAGAGAGUCAAAUAAAGGAAGUAAAGAAAGGCAGGGACCAAGGUGUCCAUUAAGAGAGAGCCGACUGUAAUAAUUUGAUUCAGAACCUUUUUGCUAAGCAAAGGAAAUAAUGAAAAUGUAUUGUGUCCAAGGCCCACUGUUACAUUUUUGGCCCUGAUUAUCUAACACAAAUCUUAAAACCUGAUCUUUGUGUGAAUAACAACUAAAGGUUAAGUUUUAAAAAAUUUAGGUAAUUUAACUGUACGAAAGUUCAGCAUUCCUAAAAGUAAAAAAGAUUCCUUCAAGUUUCUCCGCACAGAAAUGCUUGAAUUGGAUAGACUUACUAGUUACGUUUUUAUUUUUUUCUAAAUGAUUAAAGAAAGAUAAUUGUUUGAUUUCUUAUCUGGAUUGUUAUGUCUCGUAGGCUUAUGUCCAAGAGUACAUUGCUAAUCUUCUGAAGCAAGCAUUUCCACAUUUGCAAGAGUGAGUUGGCUUUGUUUGUCCUGAAUACCUCUUAUUUGCAUAAUUUAUACUUUGGUGUCAGGUUAAUUCUUACCCUCUUGUUGUUGCCCUAAUGUAACAAAAAGGUGUAUCGAAAGCUAGCGUUUGGCUUCUUUGGGACUUGGAGCUUGUAGAGGAUCUCAGACACUGUUGUUCUAGGCAAUCAUUUUACGGGAGUAAUUUUGGGAAUGUUGGGGAUGAUACUGCCUGUUGACAGGGGAGAAAAUCUCUUUUACUGUUCCAAACAUGCUUCUUAUAUUAAGAGAGUUUUUCAGAGGCAAACAGAUGAGUUACCCUCAUUGUCUCUCAAUAUUAUUACGAGCUCUAUUUGGAGAAGUUGAACUUCACUUGUUUUUCCUUUUUGUAUUUGGAUGAAAUUGUGAUGUGAUUAUUCUAUGUUCAGUGCACAGAUUAAACUGACAGUUCAGGGACUGUUUGACCUAAACCAAGACAUCCCAGCCUUCAAAGAACAUUUACGAGAUUUCAUGGUACAAAUCAAGGUUAGUAUAUUAGCCCUUCAUGUAUGAAAUGUACUUAAUUAUGAAAAAUGUCGAGUUCAUUUUUUGAUACUAAAAUACAAAUAGUUUUCCAUUGAAGCUUCUGAAGUCAGGGUUCUGUUUGAAAAAUUCAGACAUUUUUUGAAGUAGGUGUUAUAAAUAAGCUCCUGCCAGGUUUUCAUUGAAUUGAUGAUAAAAGCAAGUAGAGCUGUUGUGGCUCCUGUAACUGCUGUGUUUUAUUGAAAGCUCCCCAGUGCAAAAAGGUUCCAUGGAAUGUGCUCCUAGGUAAUAUCAAUUUUAGAUUCUCCGUUUGUGGCACAAACAAACACAAGGCAACAGAAAGGAAAAUUUAAAAGUUUAUUAAAAGUCACUUACAAUCUGAAAGGCUUUUUUUGUUGCACCUUACGAUCUUCUUUUCAGACUCAAAAAGUUAGAACCAAACCACAUCACAGGUGUUCAUUAUUAACCCUUAUGGGAAUGCAUUUUUAUAAAUAACUGAUAUAAAAUUAUAAAAUGAAAUGAUUGCAAAUUAAAAUUUUAAAUAAUAAUUAAAAUUAAUCAAUUAGUAGUGUUAAUAUUUGAAAACAAAAUUGCACAAUUUAGUAUGUAAGCUAAGGGAAAUGAUUUCCUUUCUGUUUCAGGAGUUCAGAUCAGAGGAUGUGAGCGACUUGUAUUUGGAAGAACGAGAACAGCAACUUACUUCUGCGCAGGAAGAAAAACGAAAGGUUCAGCUCUCAGUGCCUGGAAUAGUUAACCCUCACGACAUGCCAGAAGAAAUGCAAGAUUAAUAUUUAUUCUUAGUUUUUAGUUCAUAAUAUUAUGUAUUAAUUAUUAAUAGGUAGAAAUUUUGUUCAAAAGGAGGAUUAGUUUAUCCAUCUACAUGUGACAUGUAUUUUUGUACUUCUUGUGUUUGUAAGGUCAGCUAGCUGGCAAAGACAUCAGCGAGUUGAGUUAAUCUAGAGGUUUUUAUAUAAUUAUUUUGCAGAGAGAUGCAAUGUUGUAUUCAGCAACAGUGCAUUCAUGAUAUAUUGUUCUGUCAUAAAGUUUCUCUCAGGUUCAACUGUUUGCAGAGUUGUAUUAUUUCUUGUUGGUAGACUUAGAAUCCAACACUAACUUGUCUUGUACAGACCUUGUUACUUUUAAAAUCAGUAGUACCCACCCCUCAUCGUGGAGUUAGACUGUAAUAUUUUGGUACAAUUUAUUUACCCUUCCCACUAUCAAAUAUAAAGUGUUCUAUUGGAAAGUGUGGAAUAUAAAUUAAAGACGAGUAAUGUAUUUUAUAUUAUUUUAUAUUGAAAUGUAGAAGUUUUGAGCAAUAAGUAAUUUAAUUGCUGUACAUUUCUACUGCUAUUCAGCAGAGUUUACAUGAAGCUCAAUCUUGGAGAUCGAAAGAUUUAUGGUUCCAUGGAUACAGUGGUGUUCGUUACAGAAACACUAACAUACAUUAUUGUUGUGGUUGGAAUUAUGUUGUCUUGGUUCAAAUUUUAUUUCCCUUUGUUACAAGAAUACUCAUUAUCGUACAUAAAUGCAAAUUAUGCAUAAAAACAAAGGAAAGUAAAACAGGGAACCAAGAAUAUAAUUGAACAACAACUUAAACAUGCCUUACUUACCAGUAACAUUAAAGUAGUAUUCUUCAAGUUCUUAUUAUUUCUCGUUUCAGUUCGUUGUCACUUAGUUGUGGCCUUUAGUCUUGCACUUUUAGUUAGUUCUACUGUAUUUUCAUGAUUUGCAUUCUCCAUUAAACAGUGAAGAUUCAGCCUAUAUUAAAUACAAGGUCAUCAUAUAUUGUAUGCGUUAAUUUGCAGUGGUAUUCAGACGUAAUAAGUAACCAUUGGCUAUAGGACUUCAACUGAUUUGAGUAAUUUUGUUAUUUAUAUUGUCAAAACUACUGUAUGGUAAACUUUUCUUUCGGCAAAUAGGGAAUUUUAAAGCAGUCUGACUAAAAAUGUAAUGUGAAUGGCUAGACUUGAUUACCCUUUGCAGUCUUAACCUGUCAACUUUAAGAAUGCAACUUAGAUGUAUUUAUCUGUUUGAUUUAAAGUGAUUUAUAAUUUAUAUAAAUUUGUUAUCAAGUUUAAUAUAAACCCUUUU